AUGUAUAAUCCAAAUAUCAAUGCUCCUUAUGGUUAUGCUCAACUUAGUCCACUUGUUCCUUCACCAAUUUCUCGAAUCCCAAAACAAAAUGCUGCCGGUGGUAAAACAUUAAUAAUAAUCAUUAGUGUUCUAGCUGCUACUAUUUUUAUUGGUAUGAUAUUAGGAUUAGGUCUCGGUAUUGGUGCAGCUGGUCUUAUCAGUAAUAUAGAUUUAACUAAUACUUUAAAUCCAGCUACUAUUACAAAUACAAGUAGUGUUACAAAUACAACUACUGUUACAAAUUCAACAGGUUGA